AUGGCUACUGAGCGUGAAAGCAAGACCUUCCUCGCCCGCCUUUGCGAACAGGCUGAGCGCUACGAUGAGAUGGUCACCUAUAUGAAGGAAGUUGCCAAGCUUGGUGGCGAACUGACCGUCGACGAGCGUAACCUCCUCUCUGUUGCCUACAAGAACGUCGUUGGCACUCGCCGUGCUUCGUGGCGCAUCAUCUCCUCCAUUGAGCAAAAGGAGGAGUCCAAGGGUUCUGAUAAGCACGUCUCCACCAUUAAGGAGUACCGGUCUAAGAUCGAGCUCGAGCUGGAGAAAGUCUGCGAGGAUGUCCUCCAGGUUCUGGAUGAGUCGCUUAUUCCCAACGCCGCUUCUGGCGAAUCCAAGGUUUUCUAUCACAAGAUGAAGGGUGACUACCACCGAUACCUCGCUGAGUUCGCCUCUGGUGAGAAGCGCAAGGGCGCUGCCACCGCUGCCCACGAGGCCUACAAGAAUGCCACCGAUGUUGCUCAGACUGAUCUCACCCCCACCCACCCCAUCCGCCUGGGUCUGGCUCUUAAUUUCUCGGUCUUCUACUACGAGAUUCUCAACUCGCCUGACCGCGCUUGCCACCUCGCCAAGCAGGCCUUCGACGAUGCUAUUGCCGAGCUCGACUCGCUCUCAGAGGAGUCCUACCGCGACAGCACUCUUAUUAUGCAGCUGCUGCGCGACAACUUGACGUUGUGGACUUCAUCUGACAACGCCGAAGCUGAGGGCGCUGGUGCCGCCGAUGCCCCAAAGAAGGAGGAAGGCGAGGCCGCAGACAAGCCUGCUGAGGAAACGAAGGCCGAUGAGCCCGCGCCUGAGGCCACCAACUAA